AUAUGGAGUAUGAACAUGAGCUAGCAACAGCAUCCUCAAGACGUCAAGCCAAUGUCAAGCUGAAACAAACAAUGGAUAAAUAUGGUGCUAUAUAACAACCCUUGCUUCCAUAUUAAGUUGUGUGUUUGUGUGGAGCCCUUGAAGCUUUCCUCUUCCCUUAAAUACCUCCUCCCCUCUGCUCCCCCAGACUGCCCAUUCCAUCAGAUAGCAGUACACCUACAGAUAAGCUCAUCCCCUAAGCCAAACAUCAGACAAACACAAAAAUUCAGUAAUAACAUUUCACUCCCCCAUCCAUAUCCGUCUCCCUCAGCCUCUCAGGUGUCUGCUUAAUUUCUUUGUUCUCAUUGGUUUCAUAUGAAGACCCCUAUAACACGGCUAGCUUAGAAUUCCUCAGUACGUAGUAAGGAUAAUACAUUGAUGGAUCUGGCUCGGACGCCGGCGCGGCGGCCCAUGGAGCCGGGGCUGGCGCGGCGGCUGUGGCAUGUGGUGCUGGCCGUGUGCCACAUGCUCCGGCGCGGGCUGGGCCGCAAGCGCCUGAUGAUGGACCUCCACCUCCUGCUGGGCCGGGGCAAGCUCGCCGGCCGGGCCCUCCGCGGCCACAUCGCCUCGUCCUCUUCUUCCUCCUCCGCUCUCGCAUGGCGGCCGCGGGAGGUGGAGUUCAGCUGCACAACCACGCCGUCCUUCCCGCAGCACUACGGCGGGCUCUUCCCCUUCAACUUCAAGGGCCGUGGCGGCGCGGGGGCCCGCGGCGGCAGGGAGUACGGGGGCCUGGACGCGGCCGCCGUGGCGCGGGCGUUCGAGAUGAUGAGCGCCGACGUGGAGUCCGGCAGGGCCACGCCAGCGGCGGUGGCCGGCGGGGUGUCGGCGGCGGCGACCCCGUCGCCCAUGGUGGCGUGGAUCCUGGGCCGCAGCCCCGCCGGGGUCCGGCCGCUGCGGGUCACCGACUCGCCGUUCCCCGUCGUGCCCGAGGACGGCGCCGGCAGCGGCAACGAGCGCGUGAACGCGGAGGCCGAGGACUUCAUCCGGAGGUUCUACGAGCAGCUCCGGAUGCAGCACCCCUCCGUCGCCACUCCGGAGUACUACUAGCCGGCGUCGCUGCCGUAGGUCGCUAAUUAGCCGAGCUCUACCUUGAUUUGAUUUGCAUCCGAGCCGUGCGUUGUACGGAGGUGUGGAUCGUGUGGUUGUGCAGAUAUCAUGCGUGAACGCGUGGGUGGCGUGGCGGCGGCGAUGUACACGAACGGAACGGUAAUUUGCAUGCUUAAUUAAUUGGCCGUAAUUAGACGUGUAUCAAGUGUUUCAACAUGGAGAUCUCCGUUUCGGCUAUUUAUUAAAUUAAACACUGAUGAUGAUGGCCUUUUUCACUAAUCUCAGUUUUAGUUUCCGGUAAAUUUGUACUCUAGCUAGGACUUUUUUGUAUGCUCACAAUUUGUGAUAAUAUCUAUGUAUCGCCGAUUAAUGGAGUUCA